ACGCCUCCAAGCUAGCGCUGCAAAAGCAAGCGGUGUUGGGAACGAGCUUAUCUCGGGGCGCAGAGUGCAUCGAUCCCUAUCGGGGGGCGCGUCAUACCUAGCAGCAAAGAAAAAGUGGUUUUCAGCGGACGUCGGCGCACCUCUAAGCUCUGACACGACCUCCUCCGCUCCAUCGCACAUCUCCAGGCUGCAUCGCCGUGCAUCAGCGACGCCUCACACAGCUCAAUGGCUCCCUCCAUGCGGCCCUUCGCCGCGGCGAGGCUCGUCUCGCAGGCCCGCGCCUACUCGACCCAGCGCCCGUCGCCCGUCGCCAUCGCCAGCAGGGCGCGCUGGACGUCGCGCCCCGUGCAGAGCCAGCUUGCGCUGCGUUGGAGCAUCCGCCAGCAGAGCAGCCUGACGCCGGAUAAGCAACAGGCCAAGAAGGGCGGCUUCCGCGUGCUGCGCUGGACGUGGCGCCUGACGUGGGUGUCUGCCCUCGCCGGCCUCGCAUACGUCGGCUACGGCAUCUACGAGACGCGCAACCCCGUCGACCAGCCGCCGCCGCACCCGUCCAAGAAGACGCUCGUCGUGCUGGGCACCGGCUGGGGCUCCGUCUCGCUCCUCAAGAAGCUCGACACGGAAAACUACAACGUCAUCGUCGUCUCGCCGCGCAACUACUUCCUCUUCACGCCGCUGCUCCCCUCGUGCACCGUCGGCACCAUCGAGCACCGCUCCAUCAUGGAGCCCAUCCGCAACUUCCUGCGCCACAAGAAGGCGGCCGUCAAGUACUACGAGGCCGAGGCCACCAAGAUCGACUAUGAGAAGCGCGUCGUCUACGUCAACGACGAGUCGCCCAUCAAGGGUGACGUCUCGCAGACGGAGAUUCCCUUUGACAUGCUCGUCGUCGGCGUCGGCGCCGAGAACGCCACCUUCGGCAUCCCCGGCGUCCGCGAGCACGCUCUGUUCCUGAAGGAGGUCGGCGACGCCCAGGCCAUCCGCAACCGCAUCAUGGACUGCUGCGAGACGGCUACCUUCAAGGACCAGUCCGAGGAGGAGCGCAAGCGCCUGCUGCACAUGGUCGUCGUUGGCGGAGGCCCCACCGGUGUCGAGUUCGCCGGUGAGCUCCAGGACUUCUUCCACUCGGACCUGAAGAAGUGGAUUCCCGAGAUCCAGGAGAAGUUCCACGUCACCCUCGUCGAGGCCCUGCCCAACGUCCUGCCCAUGUUCUCCAAGCAGCUGAUCGACUACACCGAGAAGACGUUCAAGGAGGAGACCAUUGACAUCCGCACAAAGACCAUGGUCAAGAACGUCACAGACAAGUACAUCGAGGCCGAGUCGACGGGCCCCGACGGCAAGAAGCAGCUGGAGAGGAUUCCCUUUGGUCUCCUGGUCUGGGCCACUGGCAACGCCCUGCGACCCCUGGUCAAGGACUUGAUCAACCAGAUCCCCGCCCAGAAGGACUCUCGCCGUGGUCUCGCCGUCAACGAGUACCUGGUCGUCAAGGGCACCGAGAACGUCUGGGCCGUCGGCGACUGCGCUGUCGCCAACUACGCCCCUACCGCCCAGGUUGCCGCCCAGGAGGGUGCUUUCCUCGCCCGCAUGUUCAACCAGAUGGCCAAGUCCCAGGACAUUGAGGCCAAGCUGACCGAGCUCUCUGAGGUCCAGGAGAAGGCGCCCAACGCCGAGGCCCGCAACAGGGCCUUUGACGAGAUCAAGGACCUGCAGAAGCGGCUGAGGAGGAUGAAGGGCGUCAACCCCUUCGAGUACUCCCACCAGGGCUCGCUCGCCUACAUCGGUUCCGAGAAGGCCGUCGCCGACAUCUCGUGGUUCUCUGGCAACAUCGCCUCGGGCGGCACCAUCACCUACUUCUUCUGGCGCUCCGCCUACCUCAGCAUGUGCUUCAGCACCCGCAACAGGAUCCUGGUGCUCAUGGACUGGGUCAAGGCCAAGGUCUUCGGUCGCGACGUUUCGCGAGUCUAGACCCUCUUCCCUGAGUCUCCCUAAAAGUACCACCAAUGUUCAUAUACCACCACCAUCACCUCCCCAUUGACUACCCCCUCUGUAUUGUAUCAUGUAGUACUGGGCCGGUCUGGAUCAUCUCGGGAAGAGCUAAGGCGUUCUGCGGGUUGCGAGCGCGUUGAUAGAUUCUUUUGUGCCUGGUCGAGGCAAAGCAACGAGAUGGACUUUUGCAUUCAAUGCAUUCUUAGUUUGGAAA